AUGCCCUCGCCCACUCACGCCGCGCCACGUGGCGCCAGUACGCCGCCGCCGCCGAAGCCCGCCGGGCCAGUCCGCCGGCCCCCACGGCCCGCGUCCCCGCACCCGCGGCCGCCCGCGCCUCCCGCGGCUCCCCCGCGCCCCGGAUCUCCGCCGUCGGCGAGCUCCCCCGCCGCCAUCGCCGGCGCUCCCCGCCGCUCCGCCGUCUUCUGCCCCCGCGCCCGAAUAGAAUACUCAUGUUUGAAAGUUUCAGAGCAGGGAACAGCAACAUCAACCUGUAACUUCUUCAGAGAAGAACUCGAAGGCAGGGAAGCAACAGCAGCUCGAGCUCCACCGGAUGCAGGGGAGAAGCAGAAGCACGAGCUCGACUGGCUGCAGAAGCAGAAGCAUGAGCGCCGCCGUUUUUUGUUCACCGAAGGAGCUACCGUGACGAGCUUCAGCGGCGGCAAGCGGAGGACCACGACGGCCGGGCCAACCAGUAAGGAAACAAGCGGGGAAAAGGGUUCUGGAGGACCAGCAGAUCACCCUGAAGAUCUUGAACGGCUCGGGGAGGCCUGA